CCCAUUUCAUCAGUCGUUAGCCGGCCACCGACUCCUAAACAACAAACUAAAAUUCUAUAGUUUUUAAAUUUUUUUCGUCUAAAAAUCAAGAAACCAAAAUUUCUCAAAAAAAUACAUCUGCAAUAGAAAAAUUCUGAAAAGCAUAAAGAAAUCGGCAAGGCUCUCAGUUCUUACAAAACCAAAAAAAAAAUUAAAAAAGUAAAACCGCGCGGAAAACCCAUAUAACAAAUAUAUCACUGUAAAAUCUAGAAAAAAAAUGCAACGUUCGGUUUUCAAGAGCACCUUUCUGAUCCUGCUGAAAAGGUCCUUCCACCUGGAGUCUUCGGCUCCUGUUGCUGCCAAAAGUAGCUGCCUGGAUCUCUUGGGUCGCCUGCUCCAAGGGCGAUUGAACCUUUUGGGAGGUCGUCCUGUUCCCUUUAGAUUUCUGCCCAUCUUCAAGGGCGACAAUCGCAGUCUGUACUUCAAUGCCGAUGAGGACGAGGAGUUCCGCCGUCGCCUGGCCAUGCAGCUGAAGGAGCUGCGCGAGGCGCUGCAGGAAACGCAGGAGCUGCGGGAGAGACAGGAGGACGAACUGCAGGAGGAGCUGCAGCUGCGGGAGCAGGAGGAGGAGGAGUAUCAUCCGUAUACGACAAGGUCGCGGGAGAUUUCCGCGGAGGAUCUGAGCGAAGAGGAGCUGAACGAGAUGCGCAAGCUGCGGAUGAGUUCCGCUGGCCAGGAUGGUCGGGAUCAGGAGGGAUCCACCAGUGGUAGCUCGGAGCAGGAAACCAGUGAACUAGAAGGCGAGGAGACCGCAGCGGAGGCCAGGGAGCCGCAGGAUCCUCAAGAAUUCGAGGUUCGAGAGGUUCGCGAGGGCGACAUCGAGGGCGUCUACUGGACGGGCGAGGGCAAGCGGAUAGUGACCCAAACCCCACAGCGGAAGACGGGACACUCGGGCUUUAUCGACGGCGAGGGCGAGGAGAUACCCCUGGAGGAGCUGCCCCAUCAUCGGGAGGAUCCUUCCUCCUCUCCGCCAGCGCCUCGGGCACAGGACGAGGGAAGCCGCAAAUCGCCGUCGGCCAGCGAUUCCGAUGAAUAGCUAAAUUGCCAUUCGACGAGCAAACCCUCUAAAAUAAAUACAAAAGGCUAAAGACAA